CUCCGGGCACUCCGGCAGUGGAAGAAAAGUGGAUAAAGGCGGCCUUCAUUUUAGGGAAUCCCGAAUUCCCAAAUUUCAAUGUUCCUAUCCAAGCGUAAAUUGGACGUCUUCAACCAGUUAUUCCACCUUUUACGUUAUUUCUUGGCAUCAAACAGGUGGCUAUGUCAUGCACGAGAUGCAUACUUAUGUCCUUGCUCGCAAGAUCUAAGACAGAAUCUGGAUUUUCUUCCGCCUCUUACGUGAAUCGCCGCUUUUGCGAGACCCGUUUUCUUCUUUUUUGCUUUGCUUGUUGACCCGGCACUAUGGUUGGGAGCAGUAGUGAAGAUGAUGAGUCAUUGACCAAACCUCUUGGAAGGUGCUCUGUGGUCUUCUAUGGUGUGGGCCACAUGCUCAAUGACAUUACCUCUGCCUGUUGGUUCACAUACCUUUUGGUUUUUCUGACAGAUAUUGGCUUGUCUCCAAGAAAAGCUGCAAUUGUCAUGCUCUCAGGUCAGGUUGCUGAUGGAUUGACUGUCGUAUUUGCUGGCGAGCUGAUUGAUAGGUUUGGACAUUUCAAAAGAUGGCAUGCCGCAGGAUCUCUAUUGGUUGCUGUCUCAUUUUCAUCAGUUUUUGGUGGUUGCUUGCCUUGCAAAAUCUUUGGUUUUAGUUCGCCUCUUCUGGAAACUAUCGGGUAUAGCUUGUUCGCGGCAAUAUUCAACAUUGGCUGGGCUGCGACUCAAGUGUCACACAUGUCAAUGGUUAAUUGCAUUACAAUGAAUUCAACAAGCAGAGUUGUGUUAGCUAGCUGUCGCAAUGCCUUUACAAUGGUUGCAAACCUUAGCUUGUAUGGGGUUGCCUUCAUUGCCUUCAACUACAGCACGUCUGGGAAGAUAGCUGAUGUUGAGAAUGAGUACCGAUGGAUAGCAUAUAUCUCAAUUUUCAUUGGAUGCUGCUUUGUGGGAAUGUUCCUUCUCGGAACUAAAGAGCCAAGAUUGAAACAAGAAGCUCAUGCUAGCGGCUAUGUUAGAGUUUCUUGGAGUUAUUGGUUUAAGAAAAUCAUUUAUCACCAAGUUGCCCUUGUUUAUGUGCUGACUAGACUUGUAACUAAUGUUUCACAGUCAUUCCUCGCCUUCUAUGUUAUCAAUGACCUAAAGAUGAGCCACUCUGCUAAAGCUUUGGUCCCUGCCAUCAUCUACAUUUGGAGCUUUAUUGUUUCUAUCAUGCUACAGGAACUAAACUGGACUAGCCAACGGAUAAAAGCCUUUUAUAGUGCAGGAGGCCUGCUAUGGAUAUUUAGUGGCAUAGGCAUACUGCUUCUACCCAGUAGUAUGAAUAGUACUAUGUACAUCCUCUCAAUCGUGAUCGGUGUUGCGAAUGCCCUGAUGAUGGUAACUGGUACAGGCAUGCAAAGCUUUCUGGUUGGUGAAGAUCUUGAUGGCUGUGCUUUUGUAUACGGGUCGUUGAGCUUCAUGGACAAAAUGUCAUGUGGACUGGCACUGUUCAUUCUCGAGUCAUAUCAGAAGACUACACCGGCGCUGGGCAAGUGUAAUCCGGCUCACACAUGUUUCUCCUUAACACGGUACGCCGUCGGUCUGGUUCCAGCAAUGUGUGCCCUUUUGGGUGUGAUAGUCACCUGCUCAAUGAAACUCCACACAGUCCCAUUGAGGAAGCCUUUAGCAGAACCCCUUUUAGCCUAACACAUUCCUCAACAGUUAACAAGGAGAACCAGCUUUUAAGAACUUAACAGUACAACAGAAAACUGAUACAUAUAUAUACAUACCAGGGGAGAAAUUGUGCCACUUAUUACUGCUUCUAAAGGUUUUAUCAUUUACAUUUCCCAUCAAAGUUGUACAUAUUUAUGUGUAAUCUAGAUUUUGUGUAAUUGUACAAUCCAAAUGUUCAUCAAAGUUGUACAUAACUACACAUUUAUCUGAUCAAAGGUAAGGUAUUCAUGUUGGA